AAGUGUUAGUUUAAAGAAUCAGCAAUAUUUAACGACAUGAAACAUCUUGGAUUACAAAGCUCUUGCAGGGAGGGAAGUGAAAAUAGAGCUCCUUUAGGCUCCAGAGGAAAGACUUCAGCAAGUGGUUAGUAUUACACCUAGGAAGUAAUCUUUUUAAAAGAAUAGAUCACAGGAGACACUACAGUUAAACAUGUCUGUAGUCUUUGUUGGACUGAGGCCUUGAUCAUUAAUCACAGUUCAAAAUUAAAGGUAUUUCACUUCAAUGUAAAAUGAGUUUUACAAGGAAUGUGGUUUGCACACAAUACAGACCUUCAAGACACAAUUUGAAAGUAAUUUAGCAUGAGAAAGUCUGUAUUUAAUUAGAUAGUAGACAGUAAGUAUAUCAUGUUGUCUUUUCAUAGUCUUAAUUUUGUCAGACAUGCAACUGAUGUACAAGAGCUGUUUGUUUUUGAAGAGUGGUACAUCUGUACACUAGGUAGCCUUCAAAGAGUGAAGAUUCACCCCUUUCUGUUGAAGUGACUGGCAGACCUCUGAGAGGCUUUGGCAAGGUCAGUACUUCAUUCUCAAAAGUUCGUAGCCCUGUAAUCAUUAUUUUGGAAGUAAUCUUUACUCUCUUCUAUGAUUACCCAUAUAAACACCUUGUCAAAGACUGUGGCAAAAGUUGCAAUUAAAAAUUAAGCAGAAAAUAUAUUUUAGUAUAUGUAGGCUCAGGUGCAGGAAAGCCUUUAAGUAUGUGUCUGAUUUUAAGUGGCUAUACACGUGAUGGCAUGAUCUAAAUCUCAAAUACAGCUAGAUUUUAGUUAGUAUCCACAACUCUCUUCGGUCUGGACGGGACCCACCGUUUAGUGUCGAAGUGACUUUGGCAACUACAAAUCCCAGGGAGCAUUGCCAUUAGCAGGUUUGUGCAACCGGAUUGGCAUCCUGCAGGGACCAAUGGCAGGCAGAGAAUUCAAGAAAACCCAUGCGUGUCAGCUGCCAGUAUUAAAAAGCACUGGAGAGAGCUGUAGACCUGAGUGGAAAUUGCCCGUUUCCCUGGGCUACUUUUGAACCCUUGUGUGAGCUUUGUAUUGAUAUUAUAUUUUACAUCUCUGUGCCUGGGCUUGAAAAAGACAGCUGGACUCGUCUAGAUGGAUGCAAUUCUGAACUGCAGACUGGAUGACUUGGAAGAUUACUACAACUUGCUAGGAUGCGACGAACUAUCUACGGUUGAACAAAUUCUUGCAGAAUUUAAGAUUAAAGCCCUUGAAUGUCAUCCUGACAAACAUCCUGGAAACCCCAAAGCAGUGGAGAAUUUCCAGAAGCUGCAGCAAGCGAAGGAGAUUCUUACUAAUGAAGAGAGUCGAGCACGUUACGAUUACUGGCGACGAAGCAAAAUUACCAUUCCAUUCCAGCAAUGGGAAGCCCUGAGCAAUUCUGUGAAAACGUCAAUGCACUGGGCUGUCCAAAGUAAGAAGGACCAAAUGCUGGAAGCUCCUGACUUGAAUAAUAGCAACAGUAUAACUAAUGAGAUUUGGACCCAACAGACUGAAAACAAUGAAGAUGGAUUGUCAGAUGGGAAUAGGGAGCAAGGAGAUGUUGCAAUUCCUGAUGCGAAACCACAGUCUUCAAAGAAUCCAGACUCCCCCAGAUUUUCAGAGGCAAAUUACUGGCAUCUGCGUUUCCGCUGGUCAGGGGAUGCUCCAUCAGAGCUUCUGAGGAAAUUCAGAAACUAUGAGAUCUAAAAUGCAAAAUACACAAGAGCGCGAGAUCAUCUGUUCAACAAUUCAGUAUUUUUUUUUGCCAGCAGUUAUAAGUUAUUUGUAUUUUGUAUUCGUUCAUUGUGAUGUGAACGUUGUUCAACUAAAUGUCUUAAUACUGAUUCAUUAACACACAUGCUAUGAGCAUUAUAGAUGGAGGUCUUUAAUAAGCAAAUUUUAAUAAGUAAAGCCGUUUUCAGUAUUAAAGUGAUUUUAGUGAUUUUGUGAGGUUAUCUAACAUCUUAUAUAUUGUUUCUUGUAUUCUUAAAUAUUGUGUAGUGAAUAAUAUUUCUCUCAAUGCUGUGAUGUUAUAAAGAAUGUACUCUCAGUAGAACCAAAAGUCAAUGUUAGACUCCAGCAUAUCAUCCUGUUCAGUGAUGAUCUUCCAAAAGCUAUAUGACAAUGAACUUUAAACAAAACUGUGCUUAUUUCUAAACUCUGUACUCUGGUUCACUUCUCCAUUGUAUUGUACUUACUGUAGAGAUUUAUAAUGCAUGCACACACAAUACUAUUACAAACUUAACUUGUUGGAGAAUAGCGAUCUGAUGAUAUAGAUGAAAUAAGAACCUCCUUAUUAUCCAAGAAGGUCACUGUGAUAGAUCAAGCACCCUUAAAAAUCAUUUGCUUUCUAUCUUAACAAGUAUACUUUUUGCACCAGCUAUUUAUUUUGGAAGUUCCAGAACUUCACUUUUCCAGUUAGCAACCUUCUUCUUCUUAGGAUUUAUUGGUGGACAACUGAUACCCCUUGUAUGUGUGCCAGCAUUGUCCUGUGGCUUAAUAGUAAUUUCCCUUCCUGCUCUGGCCUGGUAGAUGGGGUCUUAUCAGGGUUUUGUAUGGUGAGGAAUGAAGAAUCAGGCCAGUCAGCAUUAAUGUGUACAAAAUCUCACAUGAAAGGUUUUUGAUAUUUUGGGCAACUUUUCAAAUUCUACAUUGUAUUUAUUUAUUUCAUAUUUGCUUUCUUCUUUGUAAACCUGGCUAAUAUGUCAGGUAUUGACAUCGUGUUUUUCUGCAGGCAAGUAAUUCUGUCAGCAACAAAUAAAACUGCAUAUGUAC